UGACGCAAACGUCACACUGCAGCUGGCCCUCCGUUGCUAGACAGGCGUGGAACUGUUUUAGCAUUACUUAGUAGAUGAGUUGUAUUUUGUUAUUUACUCGUGUUUACCGUAUCCGAUCUGGCGCAGUAAUCGCCGAUAAACUUUAUCACUGUUGAGGAAAACAAUAACGGCGACCAACGAGGAUGUUUAAAAAAUUUGAUGAGAAGGAAAAUGUGUCAAACUGUAUCCAGCUGAAAACAUCAGUGAUCAAAGGCAUCAAAAAUCAGCUGUUGGAACAGUUUCCUGACAUCGAGUCAUGGCUCAAUCACAUAAUGCCAAAAAAGGACCCUGUGAAAAUAGUGAGAUGCCAUGAACACAUUGAAAUCCUGACAGUGAAUGGAGAGCUGCUUUUCUUCAGACAGAGAGAAGGACCAUUCUACCCAACCCUCAGACUGUUGCAUAAAUAUCCCUUCAUUCUGCCACACCAGCAAGUUGACAAAGGUGCCAUUAAAUUUGUCUUAAGUGGCGCCAACAUCAUGUGCCCUGGGUUGACGUCACCAGGCGCUAAACUCUACCCAGCUGAAGCUGACACAGUAGUUGCCAUAAUGGCAGAGGGAAAACAACACGCACUUUGUGUUGGCGUUAUGAAGAUGUCUGCAGAAAGCAUAGAAAAAGUCAACAAGGGAAUUGGAAUUGAGAACGUUCACUAUCUGAAUGAUGGAUUGUGGCACAUGAAGACGUAUAAAUGAUGACGUCAAUGCCUGCGACGCCCACCGCCCACCAACCCCUCCCCCCGGAAAGUGUGGAGCUCUUGACAGUGAGGCAUGAGCUGCCAGUCAACUGUUUACACCUAUGGACUUAGCUGUGUAACCUGCUGGAGGCUUUGAAUCAAUCGCCAUUAUGCACAAAUAAAAAGAAAGAUCUUGCUUUAAA